UUACAGAUGCUCUGGGGACAUUCUGCACUCUGCAUUUAUUGGUUAUAUUUAAAAAUACAUAUUCCUGGAAGAAGAAAAAAACAACUGUUUUGUGUUUGAGGUCUGAAGAGGAAAUGAUGAAGUUUAUGCAGCUCAUGAACUCCAUCUGGAACAUCUGUGGACGAGAUGUGAUCACUGCUUUUGAUCUUUCUCCAUUCAAGAGCAUCUGUGAUCUCGGAGGUUGUAGUGGAGCUCUGGCGAAGCAGUGUGUAACCGUUUACCCGACAUGCCAUGUUGCCAUCUUUGAUUUGCCGAAAGUUGUGCGGAUGUGCAGUGAUCACUUCCUGUCUGACAGUUAUGAGAGAAUAUUUCUUCAUGAAGGAGACUUCUUUAAGGAUGAUCUUCCUGAAGCUAAUCUCUACAUUCUGGCAAGGAUUCUACAUGACUGGACUGAUGAACGGUGUAUAGAUCUGCUAAAGAAAGUUUACAGAGCCUGCUUGCCAGGAGGUGGAGUGCUGGUGAUCGAGUCUCUACUGGAUGAAGAUAACAGUGGACCUCGCUCGGCUCAGCUCUACACCCUUAACAUGCUGGUUCAGACUGAGGGUCGAGAGCGCAGAGCUUCUGAAUAUACCCACCUACUUAAUGCCGCAGGGUUCACUGAAAGUCACGUCUCUAUGACUGGCAAACUCUACCAUAGCAUUCUAGCAACCAAAUGACAACAAUUCAUUUUUUUUGUGAUGUAUGAAACCGUAAACAGAUGCUUAGACUUUAAUCUAUUGCAAUUUUAUUAGUCUGUCAUUGCUUUUUUGCAUAACAAAGCCCUCAUGUUCUGAAGAGGUGCCAGCUCCCCACCCCCCUUUGCUAUUCAAAUUACAUUUGGCAUACAUGGAUACACCCAUGAAUUCACUCUGUGUAACAGCUGAAUGCAUUUAUAUAUUUUAAAAAUAUAUACAAUAAAAAAAUCUUAUUAUCUUAAAUAAAUCUUUAUCUGUAAUAAAUGUAAUAAUGAUUUAAAAGCUG